CCCCUCCCCCUCUGGUUCUCACCCUGGCUGCGAGCAAAGCGUCUUCAUGAGCGCAGAGGAUGUCCGGAAAGCACUACAAGGGGCCUGAAGUCAGUUGUUGCAUCAAAUAUUUCAUCUUCGGCUUCAAUGUCAUUUUCUGGUUCCUUGGCAUAGCAUUUCUUGGGAUUGGAUUGUGGGCAUGGAAUGAAAAGGGAGUGCUGUCCAACAUCUCCUCCAUCACUGACCUGGGAGGCUUUGAUCCUGUUUGGCUCUUCCUAGUGGUAGGAGGAGUUAUGUUCAUUUUGGGAUUCGCAGGAUGCAUUGGAGCUUUACGAGAAAACACUUUUCUUCUCAAAUUUUUCUCUGUAUUUCUUGGAAUUAUUUUCUUCUUGGAGCUCACUGCUGGCGUUCUAGCAUUUGUUUUCAAAGACUGGAUAAAGGACCAGCUGUAUUUCUUUAUAAACAACAACAUCAGAGCCUACCGAGAUGACAUUGAUUUACAAAACCUCAUAGACUUCACACAGGAAUAUUGGCAGUGCUGUGGGGCUUUUGGAGCUGAUGACUGGAACCUUAACAUUUACUUCAAUUGUACAGAUUCCAACGCGAGCCGAGAGCGCUGUGGUGUGCCAUUCUCUUGCUGUACUAAAGACCCUGCUGAAGAUGUUAUUAAUACUCAGUGUGGCUACGAUGCAAGGCAAAAACCAGAAGUUGAUCAGCAGAUUGUUAUCUACACUAAAGGCUGUGUCCCUCAGUUUGAGAAAUGGUUGCAGGACAACCUUACCAUAGUUGCUGGUAUAUUCAUUGGGAUAGCAUUACUGCAGAUAUUUGGGAUAUGCUUAGCCCAGAAUUUGGUUAGUGACAUUGAGGCUGUCAGAGCCAGCUGGUAAAACUGCUGAAGUAACCACAACAAGACACUGGACAACCGAAACCCUCUGAAACCUCCAGUGUGUCACUCCGACACCAAGCUGUAUGGACAUGGGUGACAGGGAAGCCUUCUCUCCCAAGUAGUCUCAAGUUUAAGUUCCUGAUAUUGCAGUGAACUUGUGUUUUUUCGGGAUGGGGGAGAGAAGAGUGGGCUAUUGAAAAUCUGCUGCUCACUGACAAUUUUUUUUUUUUCUUUUAAACCACCACUUUGAAAGCUGUUGAGCCGUGAAUCUCUACUGUAUUCUUGAUUUUGAGUAACAAGUGGACACUUUUUUAAAUUGGUGUAUUCAGUGAGACAGAGUUGCAUUGUUGUAGUCUGUGGAUAUGCUGUUUAUUCUUCAUGUCAUGAGCUCUUUGAUAGCUGCCAAAUAUUCCUGAGAUGGUCUAUCUCCUCACCACUCUGUAAAGGAACAAUCUUCUUGUUUUCACAGCUAAACAUAGCUACAGGCCUAAACCCAUGAAGCAGGAAGCAACUUUCUAUGCAUCUAUUGUACAGUAAAAAGAAAUUGUUUUUAAAACAAGGGGAAUUAUUUUUAUGCAAGCUUCCAACUAUCUCCUUCUAGUACUUUGAGGCUGGAAUCAGCAGAAGGGAGAAUUGCUUAAUUUUGUUAAGAUCUUUCUUCCUUCUCCACUCUUGUAUGAAGGGAAAGGAGUUUUCUAUUUGACGAACAAGGGUUGCUGCCAUACCUUUGGAUAUCAGUCUCUUAAGGCAAGGAUGGGAUAUAACUGUAUAAAUGUAUGAAAGCAGUGUGGAUGUUGGGUCCAAGUGAAGAAUAAUAUUCAAAUAAUGAAUUAUAUAUUAACUUAAAAAAUUCAAAACUUAUGUAUCUGAUAUGGCAAAAUCUUUUGUUUCUCUGAAAUUUAGUGUAACCUAAUGUAUUUAGGGAUCUCACUGAUGUUAAUGCUUUGACAUACUCAUGCGAAGCUUGUUUCUUUGGUCUGUUCCUAGCUAGGGCUUUGGUCUUUCUUUUUUUCUUUUUCUUUUCUUUAAUUCUUUUUACUUGCAUGAGCUGUGGAAUAAGAAUCUGUGACACUCCAGUGCUUUAAAUAUGUGCAUAUGUUUUAAUACAGUCUAAUCCAAACUUAUUUAUUGAUAAAUGCAUGUGAUUAUGGGAAGAUCAUUUCCCAUUCUCUUGGAAGUUGGAGAGAACAGUUUUUGUCAGAGUAAAUGCUUACCUCCAGUGAACAAAUUCAUACUAUGGAGAUGUCUUCUCUUCUUGCUCUAAAGGCAACAAAGAGCUUUCUUCUUCUUUCUGUGAAGCAACAGAAUAAAAAUCUUAAAAUAGAAGCAUUUAUUAGGAUCCGCUAAGGCAGACCCUUUUGAAUUGGAUGCAAGAAAGCAGAAUGUGGCAAAAAGCACAAAUAGUGGAGAAAACUUUAAUCCGGCUCCAUUCAGCUUAGUGUUUUUGAUUUGUUCUUCUUCACUAAUAAUAGUGAACUUAAAGACCUGACAUGGCUUGGGUAGUUUACUGCACUUUGUAUAAAUUUAGUGUGUUUUAUGACCCUUCUCAAUAUCUCCAUACCAGUCCUGAAAGCUGUGGUCCUGCUUUGGUCAGACAGUGGCAAAGGGUGUGUAGCACCUCCUUGUAAGGACGUAACAUCUUUGAGUUGAGCUUCCUAAACCAGAAGGUAUAUGGAGUAGGACAGAGGAACAUUGCUUUCAAAGCUUCCCUGUUUUGGGGGAUAGAUAGAAGGCUGAUCUGGUGACUUGUUAAGGCUCUUUUUGGUCCUGUGACACUUAAACAAAUGAAUAUAUGUACCCUUGCACAUUUUGCCUUUCUGUGCUUUAGUUGGCUGUGGUUUUUCUCCCCUCUGAAGGCUGGUGAAGGGCACGCCGCUGCUUCACAGAUGCCUCAGCAGACCUGUUGUCCUCCCAUCUUUGAGCAUUACCUCAUCCUCUUCUGGUUAACUCCCACUGACUGGCUCUGAAUCAGGCAGCCUCCAUAUCCCUGGGUAUCUGCUGUUAAAGGCCAGCCAUGACUCAGAAUAUUUUUUAAAGCCUUUCAAAGCAAUUAUAAUUCAUUGUCCUUAAUAAAGUUGGUUCCACCUCA